CUUUGCUUUGUCGCCCGCCUUUUAUUUCUGCGCUGGACAUUCUUCUGUCAAUCCUUCUUUCUCUCAUCCCAAUUUCAUUGGCUUGAUCAUCUCCUCAUCCCUUCAUCGCUUCAAGCCAUCCAAUCCAUCCAAUCCACCCCAACACCCUUCUCCUCUCCAUAUCCCAACAACUUAGUCCAUCUGGAACAACCAGUUGCCACCAAGAGCACUCGCAUUCAAUAAACAACAUCCCUCAACGCAAUCAAAAUUUGGUCAAGGCUGACCUCCUCGUCUCGAUCCCCUUCCCCCUCUCCAUCCUCAUAUAUUCGAUAUUUACAUGAGCAACAGAACCAACACUACUGCAGCUGCACCCUUCAGGAAUGACUCGCUUUCGGUCAAUAACACACCCCCCAACGGAAGCAACCACCAUCACCCCCAUCACAUUCAGCAGCACCAACAGCCAUCCUCCGUGAGCAACCAAGCCCGAGCUCAUCUCGCAGCCACCAUGACUGGCACCCACGGGGCCUCGAUCCCCUUGUCCCAUCCUCCUGUCUCGACAGGAGCCGGUCACGGGACCGUGCACCCUCAAGAAUCCGUCGCGGAAGAAUCGUCAACAGAGCAGGUCUUGUUGGCUUCUUUCAAGGCUGCGGCGCUUUCGGUCACUCAAUUGUACAAGGAUUCGCUUAAGCAUCAGCGAGCGGAGCAUGCCAAGGGCUACGAAGCCGCGCUGCAGGAUCUGUUGGCCUUUAUUGCAACUCAUCCAGCUGUACAGGAAAAGAAAGAACAAGGACAGACGGACGAUGAGAUCCGGCAGAACACUAGUCUUUCUGUGGACGAUAUUAUUCGAUUUAUCACGAACGCUCGAUCAAUGAAUUGUGCUUCUGCAGGAAGUGAUGUUCAGCAGCAACAGCAGCAGCAACAGCAGCAGCAAAUCCAGCAACAGCAAUUGCACGCUCAUGCGCAGGCACAGGCGCAGGCACACCAUAUUCAUGAACAACAGCAGUUGCAACAGCAGUUGCAACAGCAGCAACAGCAGCAACAACAACAACAACAACAACAACAACAACAACAACAACAACAACAACAGCAACAACAACAACUCAUGCAGCAUCAGCAGCAGUACCUUCAACAGCACCAGCAUCAGCAACAACAUAUCCAGCAGCAGGAGCAUCCGCAGCAACAGCAGCAACAGCAGACCCAUCCAGAGCAGCAGCAGGUCGCGCACGGGUUGCUUCAGACAGCUACAGAUGGAUCCGGAUUGCCAUCACCGACGCCGACGACGAUUUUUCCAAGCGAUGCCUUUACAUUCACGGCCCCUGUCUUCCAUCCGGGACUGGAUCAGACCUUGCAGUCGGCAUUUCCGGGACCGGAAGGAGGGAUUGGACAACAGAUGGCGGCUGAUUCGUUGAAGCGUCGAUAUGGACUUCAGGAUUUCAAUAUGACAGCCAAUCGAAUGGCGGCGGCGAAUGCGACGAGGUUGUCGAGCCCGAUGAAUAUGAAUAUGGACUCGUUUGCGGCGUUUCACGAUCAGCCGCCGUUCAAGCGUGGAAGACGCCGUGAAGGCGAAUAAUACAUGUGCCGAUGGUCUUUUCUUUACCUUAAUGUCGAUUUCGAUGAGAGAGUUGGAGCGCAGUAGCCACGCUGCGGCUCCUCUAUUGUUCGGUCUUGGGGUUCCUCAUACUCGGCUUAUAUUUCGCAUUUUUUUUUUAUUACCAGUGUAGAUCAUAUAUUCAACUCACCUUCCCCCCAUAUUCAUUGUACAAAGUCGCUGCCUUACUUUAUUCUUUCUAUUUGCAUUGCCUCUCCUCUCUCUUCAUUCGUUGUGGAAUUUCGUCCGCACUACCUACAUCCUGAAAAUACUUUUUUUUCCGAAUUUUCCUAGUAAUGUCAUCUUACUAUUUUACUUGUAACAACACCAAGACUCCAGUAAAAAAAAAAAAAAAAAAAA